GUAGGAGUGAACAGUUCUUGUUUUCAUUGAUAUCUUUGGACUCUUAAACUAGUAAGCAUAAACAGCUAACAAGUGUAACCCCGUUUUUUAAAACAAGAUCUCGUGCUUCGUGUUUACUACUGGAGGGAGCUACAAACAAGAGUUACCAAAAUAUAUUACAAAAGUAAACGCAGCUAUUCACUUACAGCAAUGUCAUCCUUAAGUACUGCGAUGACUGAAAUGCUUCAGUGUUCGAUCUGUCUGGAUGUGUUCAAUGAUCCAGUCAGCACUCCAUGUGGACACAACUUCUGUAAGAUCUGCCUGAAGAAAUGUUGGGACAACAGUCAGGACUGCAGCUGUCCAAAUUGUAGAGAAACAUUCAAGCAAAGACCUGAACUCAAGAUUAAUACAACACUCAGAGAUCUUGUGGAUGAACAUAAGAAGAAAACUGCAGAGAAACCUGAAGUCCUCUGUGACAUCUGUGAGGAAGUAAAGCUGAAGGCUGUGAAGUCCUGUCUGGUGUGUCAGAGCUCUUACUGUGAAACUCAUCUGGGCCGUCAUUUGAGAGUGCCAGGUUUACAGAAACACAAACUGAUCGAUCCUGUGAAUAAUCUGCAGGAUUAUAUAUGUCUGAAACAUGAGAGACCUCUGGAGCUCUUCUGUAGAGAUGAUCAGACAUGUGUGUGUCUCAUCUGUACUGUCACAGAUCACAAGAAUCACAACACUGUGACUUAUGAAGAGGAGAUUGCGGAGAAGAAGAUUGAGCUGUUGAAGAGACAGACAGACGUGCAGCAGAAGAUCCAAGACAGAAUCAAAAAGAUUCAAGAUAUCAAACAUUCAGCAGAACUCAGAAGAAGAAACACAGAGAAGGAGCAAGCAGCCAGCGUGAAUAUCUUCACUGAUCUCAUCAGAUCCAUUGAGAGAAGUCAGUCUGAACUGAUGAAGAUGAUGGAGGAGAGACAGAAAGCAGCAGAGAAACAGGAUGAAGAUCUCAUUAAAGAUCUGGAGCAGGAGAUCACUGAGCUGAAGAGAAGAAACACUGAGCUGGAGAAGAUCACAAACACUGAAGAUCAUCUACACAUCAUACAGAUUCACUCAUCCAUCUGUAGGCCUUUAAACAUCAAGAACUGGCCUGAGAUCAGUACGAAGACUCAUGUGAGUGUGGAGGAGACGAUGAGAUCUUUGACUCAACUGCAGGAGACUCUACAUGAGAAACUUGGUAAAGCCGUGUUGAAGAAGAUCCAGCAGUAUGCAGGUACAGUGUGA